AUGAAAUCGGUUUUUCUCACCCGAAGAAAACAUUAACCUCUCGUUAGAAUUAAAUUAUUUUCUUAUUUUCUUUCCACAAUUAAAACAAUACGAAUUAUUUUAAUUGCUCCUAAUUGUUAUUCGUUAAACAACCAAGUGUAAAUUGAGAUGAAUUUAAAUGAGUUACAAUUUAAAGGAAAACAAUGAUUACAUUUACCCAAAUUGAUUCUAUAAUUGUGUUUACAUUUGUUUCCAAUACCAUUUGAUGAUCAACUCUUUUGGUACCCUUGAGAUUAACGUUACACUUUUCAUCAUCUUGAUCAUCUUCAUCAUCCACCAUCACACCUUGGUUACCAAAAUCAGUUGACUUGUUACAAUUACCAGUUAAAUAGUGAUUAACCUCUCAAUUUACAAUUCUUACUGAAAUUAAGGUUCAACCUUUCUGCUAAUCCAAUUUAAUCUAAUCCAUGUAAAUCCAUCACCUCUUUACCUUUACCUUUACAUUUACAUUUCCUAUACUUCACAUUUUCAUUGAAUCAAUUUCCAAUCAACAUCUUAUCUAGUUAAUUGUGACCAUCGUUUAAUCACUUAUUUACUAAUCAAAUUUAUGGUCGGAAUAUAAUGUGCCAAACAAUGGAUCGGAUUUCUUAUGAAAUUAAAGAUUUGGUUGAAACCCACAGGCAGAGCUGUGAAGUAUUCAAGAGGAAGAAGAUGCUGAGACAAAUAAUCUAUAACAUGCUUCGGAUGCACACUGAGUUCCCUAUCGACCUUUACAUGGUUGGUUCAUCAUUGAAUGGCCUCGGGACAAAUAACAGUGACAUUGAUCUUUGUUUGGUGGUUGAUAGUAUCGGUGAAAAGAUGUGCCAUUUACGUUAUGCUAUUCCUGUUUUAAAAUGGGCUGAAAGGAUAUUGUCCCGACUGCCUUUUGUAAAAAACACUAAGUUAAUAUUGGCUAAAGUACCAAUUUUAAAGUUUACUGAUUCUGAAAGUGGAAUCGAGAUCGACCUUAACUUUAAUAAUAUUGUUGGAAUAAGGAAUACACAAUUAAUCGAGUUUUACAAUAGAAUGGAUAAACGAGUUCAGCCUUUGGUGUUAACGGCAAAAACGUGGGCUCGUCAAAAUGGCAUUAACAAUGCACGAAACAAGACCAUUUCUAGUUACACAAUUGUCUUAAUGGUUAUUCAUUAUUUGCAAUGUGGUUGUGAUCCCCCAGUGUUGCCUUGUCUUAACAAACUGAUGCCCGAUAAAUUUCAUCCCGAUUCCGAUAUAACUCAGCUGAGUCUUUUCGAGGAGAUUCCUGAAUGGCAAUCGAAUAACAAAGAUUCAUUAAGUCGACUUUUUAUUGGCUUUUUAGAUUAUUUCAGUUACAAAUUCGAUUAUGGUAAUAAUGCAAUUUGCAUUCGCACCGGAGGCACAAUACCAAAGUCCAAGGCUCGUGAACAUGUCGCUCCGAAAAACAAUCCGAAACAUUGGAAUUAUAUUUGUGUGGAAGAGCCGUUUGAUCGGACCAAUACAGCGAAAUCAGUUUAUGAUGAAGAAGCGUUUAAUCAUAUAUUGGAUGUGUUUCGUCAAAGUUAUGCCAAAAUCAUGAAAACUCAAACACUUUCGAGUAUCAUACUUAAUGAACCUCCGUCGUUCUCACCAAUGUCUUCCUAUGGCCCAACAUUACCGACAUUUACUACAUUUGAUGAUCGUUUUUUCAAAGUCAAACAUGGAAACUGCAAUAGUAGUAGUAACAGUAGUACCACGAGUAGUUGCAAUGGUAGUACCGUCGGUGGAAUGGUCAGUGGUCAUUCGGGUUCUAUCAACAAUCCUCAAAACCACAAUAAUCCAAGUGAAUAUAUUUAUCAUCCUCCGAACAAAGUUCAUAUCCAUGAUCAUUACUCUCAUUAUUUGGUUUACCCUCAACACACGUAUUCGAGUAAAUUGUUGUUGAAUCUUCCACCAUUUUGAUGUUAGAAGAUCGACUAACCUAA